AUUAAGUUUUGACGCAUGACAUAGCGAAUAAAAUAUACAAAUAAUUUUACUUUAUUUACAUACAUAAUAUUAGAAAAAUGGAUUAGUGAAUAAUAUUUUGUUGCAUUAAAUCAUGGAUGUGUUACUCGAAGAAAGUACUACGGAAAAAAUACCAAUUCUGUUAGAAGACAUAUGCAAAGAAUUAAUAAGUCAAGAUAAAUCUUCAGAUGCACUUCAAAAGGAUUUAUUUUUUGUUUUGAUUGUGGUUAUAAUGAGAGAAAAUGGUUUUUUACCUAAAUCUCAAGAUGUAAUUGAAACAAAUUCUACGAAUUGUAUUAAUACUGAACAAUUAUUAAAGUGGAAGCAGUCGGGGGGCUCAUAUGAAGUGUUAUACCUGAUGAAAGGUUUUGAUAAUUUACCGAUAAAACUAAUAAUGAGUCCACUAGGAUCUACCUUUAUUGUUAACACUUUUAUUGACAGACAAAUAGAUGUAAAGUCAGAUGUGUAUGCUGUAUGCAUACCGACCAGUCGUUAUGUUGUAUCACCCCACGCUUCCACAAUUCCAAUGAUAUUCCGUGACUUGAAGCAUUUAUGCUAUACAUUCAAAAACAAAAUCAUAGCACCUGUCAAGAGCAUUAUACUUAAUUACAAUGGUUAUUCUAGCGCCAGUUUCAUAGGAUUGCCGGAAGAAAUACUGUUCUACAUUUUAAUGUAUCUGCCCAUCAGCGAUAUAAUUAGUAUUGAAAAAUUAUGCAGGCGAAUGAAAGUGCUGUUGGAUAAUGAUAAUAUAUGGCAUCACUUAUUUUUGAGAGAUUUUAAAAAUGUUACGGUAUCAGGGGUCACUGAUUGGAAAGCACAAUAUAAAGAGACUUAUAUUUCAAAAACAAGGUCAAUCCCAUCACGUUUAACAUCGGGAACUCUCCACGAUUUAAUGGAUGUGUCAGAUUAUGUAUCAUACAUAGAUAAUCCACUGUGGGAUGUUAUAAUAUAGUUAUGUUUUAUAAAAAUUAUGUUAUUUGUUUGGGUAGAUGUGCCGUAAUAUUUCUAAUAGAAUGUGUCGAUUUGUUGCUUACAAUGUUUUAAGUCACAUUAAUAUAAUUUUUUUUUUUAAUUCUAAACCAAACUGAUAAAAUUUUUAUAACCAGAGUCAAAAGUAGCAAGCUAUCCUUGAAUGAGUGUAUAUUAUUUAGGAAUUUUUGUUAUAAACUUUAAUUCAUUGCAAUUAUAUAUUAAAACAUUAAAUGUAGUUUGGUGCAUUAAGAUUUACAUAUUGACAUAAAUUAAUUCCUUUCCUAAAUUCUGUACAAAGAUCCUUAGCAAUAAACAAUAUUAUGUAUGUAAGAAGUAUUACUAUAUAGCUUUUAAUUGUCUAUAUAAAAAAAAAAACCACAGAUUAUUUUAAUAAAAAUAUUAUAAUACAUUUUUUUUAAUAAAAUGCUUCUGUUUAAUGGUACUAUUACUGCAAUAAUCCCAUAUUAAAAUGUUAUAAUUGAGAUACAAUACAAGAUCCAAUAUUUAAUAAUUUUUUUUAAGCAAAGUCUACACUUACAUAACUUAAACUAAGAAUUAGAAUUUCAGCAAUGGCGAUUUGGGUGC